ACACCAACACCAACAACAAAAAAAGGUUUAAAAAAAUACCCUCGCUGGCGGCACAGGCAUGACGGUAAAGAAGGCAUAGCUGUAAUACUGACAAUGGAAAUUCUUUUUUGAUAUAGAUUCCUUACCAACAGAGACAUUAGCUGGCAAUAUUUACAGCGCAAGCGUAUGAGUACAACGUUUGAUACCGCUGAAAACAAGGACAUUAAAAGAACCACUGAUAGUAGUAAUGGUGCGACAACCAUGCAACACGACGACCGAGAAACGGGGCAGGGAGCGAAGGAUUUACUUACAACGUGCAAUCCAGAACCAGCAGAACAACUGAAAGAAUUGAGAGAAAAAGAGAGCAACGAAAUAAGAAACGAGCCCGGAAAUGGAAUGGAAACUUUAGACUCAUACGCCGAGAUAAAAUAUUCAGAUAAUGACAUAGAAAAGAGUAAAAGGAUGCAUUCUAAUACUGUCGUUUCCAAAGAGCAUGAUAAGACUCAACCUGUUAAGAAAGAACGUGACAGGAUGCAGUUGGUCGCUACACGAGAACGUAACAUGACUCAAGCUGUACGUAGCAGCAGUGUAACGCAUGUGGAUCAUGUGACUGAGAGUACUCGGAACUUCAAACCAACCACGAAAACAUCAUUGGGAGAUAGUUCGAAGGCUACGACGACAGAAUCUGUUCUUCCAACUAGUUAUAAAACCAAGACUGGAAGUGUAUCGUACACCCCAACGAAACGACCCUUGAAAAGUCUCAACUCUUGUAACCUGCCAAAUCUCAAUCCAUGGGAUGAAUCAAUCAAACACCUUUUAAAAGACGUUGGAUUUGAUCCCAGAUGCAGCUCGCGGUCCGAGAGUUCCUUUUAUGAUGUCAUUGUCAAUAGAUUGGUUUUGAGGAACAAUUCUGGCACGCGACCCGUCGUCUCCUUGGAAACCAUCCACCGUGAGAAAAAUACAGACAAUUCUUAUUAUGCCACCAAGGAAACUUUACAGAUGAACGCUUCAGCUGAUGGGGGCUAUGAAAGUAAGCCAAUAUUGGGGUCUGAUUUUUUUCGGAUAUCUUAUUCUUUGAAAGGAGAGUACCAUAGAAAAACGUAUUAUUAUGCUAGAGUUGUCGCGCGGCAGGAUGUCGUACAACAAUCAAAAAUGAUAAGACUUAAACACAAUCUUAAGAAAGGUCUUCCUUUGAAUAUAUUGAUGCUGGGAAUUGAUUCUACUUCGAAUGCUAAUUUCGUACGCAAGAUGCCGCACACUUUAGAUUGGUUAAAAACGGAAAUGCGCUCUUACGUCUUGAAGGGAUAUUCAAUUGUAGGUGAUGCAACCACGCCUGCAUUAACUGCAUUACUUACAGGAGAACGCGAGUCGACUCUCCCCGAGGGACGUAUCGGGGUUUCCGGUAGCAAGCAUAUAGAUGAAUGGCCUUGGAUCAGUAGACUGUACGAGAAGCAUGGAUAUGUGACGUUGUACUCGGAGGAUGACCCUGAAAUGAGCACGUUUCAUCUACGGCUCAAGGGCUUCUCUCAGCCACCGUUCCAUCACUAUAUGCGUCCCUUCUGGCUAGCUAUCGAGGAUGAAGAGAUGAGAGACGAGACAGGGAUUUGUUCUGGAGGAGUGUCUUUGGUGAACUACACCAUGGACUAUCUGGUCAGUUUUUUUGAAGCUUAUAAAGAAACCCCUAAGUUCGCAAUGGGGUUGUUAUCAUAUUUGACGCAUGCACAUCCAAACCAACUGAGUUACGGAGACCUGGAUGUCUUGUCCAUGCUUGAGAAAUUGAAAUCUCGUGGCAACCUGAAUGACACUCUUCUGGUUAUAUUUGGAGACCACGGCUCACGAAACGACGACGUUAGAAAUACAAUGCAAGGAAAGUUAGAGGAGCGGUUGCCAUGGUUAUCGAUAUCAGUCCCUGAUUGGUUGGAAUCUGAGUAUCCUGACUUGACCGCCGCACUUGCUAAUAAUGAGCAGAUUAUUAGCUCACCGUUUGAUGUCCACACAACACUACGUCAUAUGUUAGCUUAUCCAGAAAUCCCCAAGGCAGGUAGCUACCACAGUCUUUUCACUAAUCUAUCACGUGACCGGACGUGCCAAGAUGCAGGUAUAGACGAACACUGGUGCCCAUGUCUACAGUUUACACCUGAUGAUACACAACGUCAAUCUGUUAUUGGAUCCGCCCAAGCAGUAGUAGACCACAUAAAUAAACGACUGACCAGCAGUCCCAGGCUAAAGAGAGCGUGUCAUGUUAUAAGCCUUGUCAGGAUCCAUAGCGUUAUGAAAUAUGAACCCAAUUACAAAGUACAGACAUUCCAUUCUACCAACCAGAAAGUUUACAACAGCAGUCCAAGGUAUAGAACGCCUACUAAGGAUGAUUUGCACUACUUGAUCACCAUGGAAACGUCGCCUAUGGGUGCGCUCUUUGAAGCCACAGUUGCAAUUACUCAUAACGAUACCGUGGUUGUUAAUCCUAAUAUAAGUAGAAUCAACCUUUAUGGAGAUCAACCAAAUUGUAUUGCGAGGACGCAUCCAUACCUUAAGAAAUUCUGUGUGUGCAAAGCUUAAUAACUGAAUACCUGAACUGAGAUUUAUUGUUAUUGUAUCAAAGUCGAAUAAAACUGAUAAAAUACAUAUUUAAGAAUAGAUAAGCUUAAAUAUAUAAAUACAUAUAGGUAUCGCGAUUCACUAAAUUAUUCCACUAGGAAUAUAAAACAGCGCGCACAUCCAUUAACAAUGAAAGAAAAAUAUUUAGAAAAAUUACGCCAUAUAAAUCAAUGUCCUAAAAAGUCAAUCUCCUAAGAAAAAUCGUAUAUGAUAAUAUAUAAAUCGUGAAUAAAUUAUGAUCAGGAGAGAUAAUAAA